AUGCCUGGAGAUCAUAUCUGUCCCUCUUGCUUCAAGACAUAUCAGCGCCACGACCUCCUUCAACGCCACAGACGACGUUGUCUCCGACCGAAGAAAUCGACGCGUCGUAAGGCAUGCGACGCUUGUGUACAAGCAAAAUCCAAAUGCACCUAUACCCACCCAUGCGCGCGAUGUGUCGACCGGGGAGUUUCCUGUGUUUAUGCCUCUGGCUCUGCCGACGCGCAGCUAGGCCCAAGCAACGACAAUGCCUUUUCGCCGUUAUCCACCCCUAGCUUCACCCUCAUCCAACCUCCCGUCCUGCAGCUCCCCACGCAAGGGAUAACCGACUUUGGCGCGACCGAUGGCCCUGGCCCUGGCCCAGUGGACCUGAUUCGCAUUGUGGAACAAUAUCCAAAGUGUCUCCUUCGAGAUGAUUACACCUCGCCAUUCCUCCAUUGCAGCCUCUACGAGCAGGAUGUUCCGAACAUGACGACGCUUGCGCGGACAUCCAUGGCGGUCUGCUGUGGUAGUGCGAUGGAGACAGCAGAUGGCGCACGCUUUGCUCGGCAAGCGAUGGAGGUCGAGCGCCAAAGACUAAUCCAAACGUAUCCCACAUACACGUGUAUGCAACAGUGGGAUGCUUUGCAUGCGAUGCUUGUCUACGCGAUUCUCGAGCUGCGGGCGUCAAAUAGUCGCUCGGGAGAAGAGUGGAAGCAGCGGUCAUAUUCUACGGGCUUAAAGGCCCCAUUCCUGGCCAAGAUGGCUCAAACUUUGAUUCGCUCGCAUAUGCAUGAUCUAAAUACCGAUCUCAUGUCGGUCACAAUGCCGAUGGGGUCGCAGAAAUUAGAGCACUGGGCUGUCGCGGAGACCACGCGACGCACGAUCUUCCUGGCUAAUAUCGUUCAUUUCCUUGGCCACUGCGAUCCGGAGAGUGGAUCCCCUUCGCUAUACUAUGAGCCACUUGAUGAUGAAAUGAUCCUGAAUAUGCCACUCCCAUCCAGCCAUGUCUUGUGGGCGACGCGCUCGGAGAUGGACUGGGAACUGAAUAUGGAUUACUGCGAGCAGAACUCUUUGACAAUGGCAGAUACCUCAUCUUCAUUCAAUACCGUCCUAGGCUGUCUUAAUCUUAAGCAGGUUCUUGAAAGCUAUCCACGGGACUAUUUGCAGACACUCCUCAUCUCGAAUAUUGGAGUUGGUGGCUCGGAUGAACUCCGGAAUUUGAUCAUUCUAUGUGCUUUGCAGCAAUUUACCUGA